UCAUGAAGCAGUAUGAGUGGAAACUCUAUCAGUACAAACACAGAGACAGUUGUCCUGCAGGAGAAUCUGAGAGCACAAAAAUUUGAUGGGGGUUCAGCUGAAAGGUAGCCCGGUCAUUACAUAACCUUAUUGCGUACAGAUGUUAGCACUUAAAGUGUGCAAGAUCACAUGAGUGUCAAUAUCAGCCUGUGCUUUUAGACUUUCAGAAUUCUGCUCCCGGGGUGGGCAUUUAGCACAGCAAUGCCUAAAUCCCGCAGUGUAGCAUGUAAAAGCCACUGCCUGCAGUUCUGGCAUCCCGUAUGUGAGCUGGUUUGAUUUCAGGCUGUUAAACUUCUGAUACAGCUCUCUGCUAUGGCCUGGGAAAGCAGUAGAAGAUGGCCCAAGUGCUUGGACCCCUGCACCUGCAUGAGAGACCCAGAAAAAGCUCUAGGCUCCUGGCUUUGGAUCGAGGCAGCUCCGGCCCUUGUAGACAUCUGGGGAGGAACUGGUGGAUGGAAGAACUCUUAGAACUCUUUUUCUCUCUUCCUCUGCCUCUCUAUAACUUUGCCUUUCGAAUAAACAAAUACAUCUUAUAAAAAAUUGUAUUGCACCAAAAUUUUUCUCUUUAGAUCAAUUAUUCUAAGAACAUUAAAGCAUGUGCUAUACACAUAACUGGUUGAACUGAAAACAUGUGCAUGUGCUGAUUGCCUGUUUGUGUGCUUCCUUUUACCAACACUUUUUUUUCAGAAGGAUUCCAGGGUGUAUUGAAACACAAAAUGUCACAUGUGUCUCCGAAUUCCAUCUCAUGGGUUUCUCAGAGAUGACAGAACUGCAGCCCCUCCUCUUUGGGCUGUUCUUGUCCAUGUACCUGGUCACGGUGCUUGGGAACCUGCUCAUCGUCCUUGCUGUCAGCUCAGACUCCCACCUCCACUCCCCCAUGUACUUUUUCCUCUGCAACCUGUCCUUGGCUGAUGUGGGUUUCACCUCCACCACGGUUCCCAAGAUGAUUGUGGACAUCCACACUCACAGCACAGUCAUCUCCUAUGUGGGCUGCCUGACACAGAUGUCUCUCUUUCUCAUCUGUGGAUGCAUGGAUGAUUUGAUUCUGACCGUGAUGGCCUAUGACCGGUUUGUCGCCAUUUGUCAUCCAUUGCAUUACCAGGUCAUCAUGAACCCCUGCCGCUGUGCUUUCUUGGUUACAGUGUCUUUUUUUGGCAGCCUUUUGGAAUCCCUGCUGCACAACUUGAUAUUAUUACCAGUUACCUGCUACAAGGCAGCUGAAAUUUCUAAUUUCUUUUGUGACCCUUCUCAGCUUCUCAAUCUUACAUGUGAUGACACCUUCAAACAUGACAUAGUCAUGUAUCUUAUUGGUAUCACAUUUGGGUUUUUCCCUAUCUCAGGGAUCCUCUUCUCUUACUAUAAAAUCGUGUCCUCCAUUCUGAGAGUCCCAUCCCCAGACGGGAAGUACAAAGCCUUCUCCACCUGUGGCUCUCACCUGUUGGUCGUUUGCUUAUUUUAUGGAUCAGGUUUAGGUGUGUAUCUCAGUGCAUCCUUCUCCACCUCUUCCAGAAAGAGUGCUGUGGCCUCACUGAUGUACACUCUGGUCACCCCUAUGUUGAACCCCUUCAUCUACAGCCUGAGGAACAGGGACAUCAAGAGAGCUCUGCAGAGAAUUGUCAACAGAAUAAGCUAAUCUCACUGCCCUUGCCAUCCUUGUGCUCCUAGAACUGAAAUGGGCAGCUCCAAGAAGUCCAGAAUCAGUCCUCAGGUCACAGCAUGUGAAGGCAUCUAUCAUCAUCUCCACGUCUUUUGGGCUUC